AACACGAAGCAAGAAUUACGGACCAGAGAGUUGGGAGGCAUGAAGUUCACCGACUCACCAGUGAUAGAGCUCCCGGUUCGAACCGCCGUCCUUUCCCUCCAACAGGACAACGGCUCCCUCCACGUCGGCACCUCCGUCUGGCCCUGUUCCCUGGUCCUCGUCAAAUUCGCCGAGCGCUGGGCCCCACCCAGCCCCGAUGCCCAAAACCCCUACGCCAACCUCCUCGACUUCCACGGCAAGCGAGUCGUGGAGCUCGGCGCCGGCUGCGGAGCCGCCGGCAUGGGUCUCUAUCUGCUCGGCUUGACCGACAUCGUCCUCACCGAUAUUCCCGCGGUCAUGCCGGCACUGAAGCACAACCUCAAGCGCAACAAGCCCGUCCUGGGGAAGAUGGUCAAGCACGCCAUCGUGCACUGGAACAAGGCAGCGGAUCAGGCCAAGUCUCUGAGCCCUCCAUACGACGUCGUCGUGGCGACGGACGUCGUUUACAUAGAGGAGACUGUGGGCCCGCUCGUGUCCACCAUGGAAGCGCUGGUGAAGGACGACGGCGUCGUUUUGCUCGGCUACCAGCUGAGGUCUCCGGAAGCACACCAACUGUUCUGGGAAAUGUGUGAGAGGGUUUUUGUGAUUGAGAAAGUUCCGCACCAGGAUUUGCACCCAGAUUAUGCGUACGAAGAGGCUGAUGUGUUUGUCUUGCGCAAGAAACAAAAAAGAGGGCCGACUCAGGAUGCUGCUCCUGACUCUGUGUGAGUGCAGGUUUUUGGUCUUAGAUUUUGGAAUUUCUUCUUUUGGUUUUUUUGUGUUAAAAGUUUGUCAAAGUUUGUGCUGUUUGUUCUGCUGCUUUAAUACUAAUAUAAUUUGUGUGUUUUUG